AUGAAGUCAGGCAUUAUCCGGCCGCCUCGAGGCCGGCCCAGCAAGGUCACAAAGGCCAGCGCCCCACGAAGGCUCAGCCGCGGCAUUGGCGCAGAUCAAUUGGCGCACGAGUUCGAGGAGCAUGAUCCGGCACUGGCCGAAGACGGAGCCGAGAUCGAGGGGCAGCAUCACGAUAUGACAGAUGAUGUCGGCGAGGCCGAGGCGGAUGCCGAGAUGGACGACGACGCCCAUGCUCAGGCCCAGGCUCAGGCCCAGGCCGCCGCGGCGCACGCAGAGCAGCAGCACAUGGAUCUCACAGCCGCGAACAUCCUUGCCAACGGCGGCAUCGGCGCCGCCGCCGCGUCCAUGUACGGAGAUGAGCAACAUGCACAUGGCCAGGUACUACCCGGUGGUUUGAUUUCCGGACAGGCUGGGGUUGGGGCCCUCCAGUCGGGGGCGAUGCCGGCCGCGCAAAUGGGCUCUGGCGGGGGACUAGAAUACAUAGACGCGGCGCAACAGCAGCAGUCGGCCAAGUCGACGGAGGAGAUGGCGGUCGACUCGGGAUAUACAAACUUCAAGGUCGAUAGCGCGUUCGCGAAGAGACUGGCUCGCGAUCCAGGCCAGCGCCUCGCGGAGCAGCGGAAGCCGGACCAAGAGCUGAACCUCGUCAGGAGAAGCAAUGUCGAGGCCCUGUUCGCGCAAAUAGCCGGCUCUCUGGCGCCGCAGGCGUGCAACCACUGCCGGAAAGGCCAGGGACCGUGGACGGCUUGUGUGUUGUACGCCGGCCAGAUGAUGGGCAGCUGCGCCAACUGCUGGUUCAAUGCCUCAGGGUCGCGGUGUUCUUUCCAUGAGAAAGCACAGCCAUUGGCACCUCCCCACCACCACGCCUACCCACCGCUUCCUCCCGGCCCCCCUGUUGAUCCCGCUACAUACGCCGGCUCGCAGCUGCCCCUCCCUGCCGUCCCCGGGUCGGCCGGCGGCGUGCCUAUGGGAGGCUUCGCGCUCCCCGCUACGUAUAGCAAUGACCCCCGCGUCGCAUACACCCUCCAGAGAGCCAUAGACGACAUCCGAAGGGCCAACAGGACCCAAAGACACUUCAUGAAGAUCGAAAUUGCCGCCAAGCAGCUUGCGCUACAGAUUGUCGAGUUUGAGGAGUCCGGCCUCGACGAGCAGGACUAUCCGUCCCCGCCUGCGGCAGCGCCCGACGAGAGCGGCACCUGA